ACUAUUGCAUCCAUACAAGUUUUAUUACUAAGAAUGCAUAAUUAAAUAUAUUAAUAUUUUAAUAGAAUAUAUAUAUAUAUAUAUAACUUUUUUAAAAAGUUAUCGAGUGCACGUCCAUCUUUGAGUCACCAUGUGAGUCUGCCUCUGCAAUCGACGUUAUCAGAAUUAAUGAGGGAAUGGAUUUUGUAGCAAAGAUAUAGCCAAUGAGAAUAGAAAGCAGAUAGAGGAAGAUAUAAUUCACCGUCCACUCUGGCAAAUGGAAGAUAGUAUAGGAGUACAAGAAGGGCCCCUCCAAUAGAGAAAAAAAAAGAAGCGUGUGGAGAUGGGCGACGCCACGAGGGAUACGCAGAGAGUCCACAUGGCGAAGCAUGGCAGGAGCAUUGAGAUCGCGCUCGACAACAACCUCUUAUCAACAAAAUGAAAUACCUCUCCCUCUCUCCCCACUAAGCUGUUUACUUGGACGAGAAAAUACACGUCUCUUUCAUCUUUUUUGAAAAAAAAUAAAAAUACAAUUAGCAGCAGCUGCUCCGGCACGCCAUGACCGCCAUUGCUACUUCUGCUGCACUUUCAUUUCCUUUCUCUUUCUGCCGCUCUACCAAGACUUACACAAGAAAGUGUUUCAAAGGGGGAUUUGGAGUGUUUGCAGUGUAUGAGGAAGCAGCGGGUGAGUUAACAAACAAGAAAAGCUCCUGGUUGACAAUCUUUGAUGUCGAAGAUCCAAGGACAAAGUUCCCACAGUCUAAAGGGAAGUUCCUGGAUGCAAAUCAGGCUUUAGAAGUUGCUAGGUUUGAUAUACAAUAUUGUGAUUGGCGAGCUCGUCAAGAUGUACUUACGAUAAUGCACCUGCACGAAAAGGUUGUGGAAGUAUUAAAUCCUCUAGCACGGGAGUAUAAAUCUAUUGGAACCGUCAAGAAGGAACUUGCGGAGUUACAAGAAGCGCUUUCUCAGGCUCAUAAACAGGUACAUAUAUCUGAGGUGCGGGUUUCUGCUGCUUUAGAUAAGCUAGCUUACAUGGAAGCAUUGGUUAAUGAUAGGCUGCUACCAGAGAGGAGUGCAGAAGAAUCAGAUUGCCCGAUUUCAUCCCCCAGUACGUCUACAGUACCUAGAGAUACUGUUAAAAGCAAGCAACCUAGGAGAACCCUCAAUGUGUCAGGUCCUGUCCAAGAAUACAGCCCCCAUUUGAAGAACUUCUGGUAUCCUGUUGCUUUCUCUGCUGAUAUCAAGGAUGACACUAUGAUACCAAUUGAUUGCUUUGAGGAACCAUGGGUGAUUUUUCGUGGGAAAGAUGGAAAACCUGGAUGUGUCCGAAACACAUGUGCACAUAGAGCCUGCCCCCUUCAUUUGGGUUCAGUAAAAGAGGGUCGCAUCCAAUGUCCUUAUCAUGGGUGGGAAUAUUCAACAGAUGGAAAAUGUGAGAAAAUGCCAUCAACUAAAUUUCUUAAUGUCAAGAUCAAGUCUCUGCCAUGCUUUGAGCAAGAGGGAAUGAUAUGGAUUUGGCCUGGAAAUGAUCCUCCUACAGCCACUCUUCCUUCUUUACUUCCACCUUCUGGAUUUCAAAUCCAUGCAGAGAUAGUUAUGGAACUUCCGGUGGAACAUGGGUUACUUUUAGACAAUCUGUUGGAUCUUGCACAUGCUCCUUUCACCCAUACAUCUACUUUUGCUAAAGGAUGGAGUGUUCCAAGCUUUGUAAAAUUCUUGACUCCUGCAUCUGGUCUGCAAGGAUAUUGGGAUCCCUAUCCAAUAGAUAUGGAAUUUCGACCACCUUGUAUGGUUCUAUCAACCAUUGGAAUCUCAAAGCCAGGCAAUUGGAGGGACAAAGCACCCAAGAGUGCUCUACGCACCUUCACCAACUUCAUGUAUGUUUACCUGCAUCCCGACAGAAGACAAGGUUGCUAUAUAGGAUGUCACUGGAUUUUGCUCCUAUUAAAACACAUCCCUUUCAUGCAAUAUGUGUGGAGGCAUUUCGCUGAACAGGUUUUAAAUGAAGACCUACGGCUUGUGAUUGGUCAACAAAACCGGAUGCUCAAUGGUGCUAACAUUUGGAACCUGCCUGUGUCAUACGAUAAGCUGGGAGUGAGGUAUAGGAUAUGGAGAGAUGCUGUAGAGAGUGGAGCAAAGCAAUUGCCAUUCAGCAAAUGAACAUGGAACUAAUCCAAGGAUAGAUUUUGCAUCUCAAGAUGAAUCGUGAACUCUAAACAACCUUAGCUCUUUGAAGAACUUCAGUUGCUUAGUAGCUCUGUUGGUAUAUAACGCGGUUUGCCGCACUUGCUCUGAGGAUAUACCAGAGCCUCCUGCUAUUGGUUCGCUAAAAGGAGAUGAUUUCAGUAUAGCUUCCCUUGUGAAAAAAAAUAAAUAAACUGUACACUAAUUGUUUUUUAGGUUCAUGUACAGUAUAAACAACCUUGACCCCGGCCUUCAAUUCUUUCACCUUUGCCCUAGUGUACCUCCUAGAAAAUCUGAAGGUUCUUUUGAAAGUCAUGGAAAUGGUCCCCCAUCAUGUAUCAUAGCAUCAAUCUUCUUGGAUUUGAAUUGGAUACACAAUUUUUUUGCCAAAAUGAAAGCAAGAGGAAAAUCUGAUUUUCUAA